AUGAAUCUUGGUUCUUUAAUUGUAAUAAUAAAUAUUUCGUGGUAUUUGGCAAAUAAAUUGAGAGAAAAAAGUCAAUUGGAGUACAUAUCACCCAAAAACCGAGCGGUUCUCGUGACGGGAUGUGACUCUGGAUUUGGACACCACGUAUGCUAUCAAUUAGAUUCAUAUGGAUUUUAUGUGUUUGCAGGCGUUUUGGACACCAAUAGUGAAAGUGCCGAAAAACUUCGCAACAAAUGUUCAAAUCGGUUAAGAGUUAUCAAACUAGACGUAACUCAAGUGGAAGAUAUAAAAAGUGUGGUCAAAGAGAUAGAGGCUUCAGGUGUUGAACUGUGGGCUGUUCUCAACAAUGCUGGUAUCGCUCAAUACUCUUUGGUUGAAAUGGGACACGAAAUCGAUGUCUUUGAAAAGAUAUUUGCUGUCAAUGUAUUUGGUUUAGUCAGAGUCACUAAAUAUUGUUUGCCUUUAUUAAGAAAGUCUGGCGGAAGGGUUGUUAAUAUGUCGAGUGUCGCCGGUCGGUUUACAUUUUGGGGAAUAACCGCUUACUGUAUGUCUAAAUACGCGGUCAGAGCUUUUAGUGAUGGUCUUCGCAAAGAAAUUCAGUCAUUUGGUGUCAAAGUGGUCACAAUUGAACCAAAUAUGUAUAGAACAGAGAUUACAAAUAUUGAUAUAUUAACCAAAUCUAUUGAUCAUAUUUGGCAAACAACUGAUCCACAAAUAUGUCAAGACUAUGGCGGACAAGGGUUUUAUGAAAAGAUAAAAAAUAGACUCAAAUAUAAUGUUAUGAUAUCGAGACCACAAAUACAUGAAGUAAUUGACACACAAACUAAAGCUAUCACUGUUUGUGAACCUAAUCUUUACUACCAAUGCGCUGCUAUUACCGAAAAACCCUGUCUUUGGUUUUUAGGUCUAUUACCCGAAUCAGUUCAAGACUUACUAUUGACCGGAAAAAUGUGGAAAUUUGCUCUCGAUUUCUAUAAAUGCAAACAAUAA